GAGAGAGAGAGAGAGAGAGAGACCAGAUGGAGGACAUUAGGGGAGGCUAGACCCCUAGAGUCCCUUGAUAGAGAGAGUCCCGACAACCUAAGAUUUGGACGCCAUUAUUGGCCCUGUUUUCGCCGGACUUUUCAAUCGCUAGCACACGCCCUCUUGUAUUUCUGUUUCAGCGCCAUAAAUGUCGUCCAAUGAAACUGAGCACACUUGUGUCAGACCUGCACACCUUCCUCUAACAGCCAGCAGGGAGGCAGCAGCCAGCGGGCUCUGGGAAAAUAAAUAAGAGACAGUUUGUUUCUGCAUCAACAGGUAUCGCCAGCCCACCAUUACGCCCUUAUGCUUUACCAUAAUUUGGUCACCGGCCGUUGUAAGAAGGUGACAGGAGAUUAUUAUUAGCCUUACGAUCAGCCACUGUCUCAGUUUAGGCACUCAGUAACCCACGCAGCCUGUGAUAAGGCGCGUCACGGCGGGUUGCUGGCGACCUUGAGAAGCAGCAGCGCUCAGAGAGUACGGAGAGACUUCACACAAGUCUGGGUGCUUCUCUUUGAGUGUUGCUGCUGUGAUGGAUGGAUUUAACAAUACUUAUCGCUGUAAAACAUGAUCGGCAGCAGUUGGGGAAGUCUUUCUAUUACCUACAUAUCCCUUCAUCGCCUGACCCUUGCCUGCAGGGAGGGACGCUGCCUCCUGAACGUCAUGAGCCUUGAUAUACUUGUCAUGGGCCACGUGGCUGACACACUACCCAAGCUCCAUCAAUGCAAAGACACUUUGCUUCCUUUCCAUUACCUGCUUGCAGUAAACCUUAGCAUAUGGAGAGAAAAUUAGUGUAAACUAAUUAUCUGGGGGUGGAGGGGCCCUGAUUCCAUUACUCGCCGGGCUGCUCUCUUUAUUGUGUUAACACACACACACACACACACACACACUAGGAUGUAGCUGCUGCCAUAAAUGUUCUGUGCGAUUCCAAGGUACUGUGAAGAUAAAUCAUCAAUGAUUAUAGUUCAGAUUUGGAUAGUUUAAACUGAGGAAGGGUUGAUGGGGGGAAAAACCCCACCCAGCAGGUGAUAUUAAAUUUGAAUAGAUCUGUUCAGUCUAGUGGUGGGGUGCUGUGCAAUGACUUGCUCAGUGUUGUUCUCCAGUGAGUAUCAGCUGUGCAGUGCUCAGUCUUGUGUAGGUAAUAUUGCACUCCUGCCGGUGCACAAGUGAACCAUUAGUUGCACUUGCACAACUAAAUUAGUGCUUGUGCAAGGCCCUUUCUUGGUUGUGAUGCCUGCCACUGGUUAUUAUAUUAUUUUUGAUAAAUUCUUGAUAUGCUGUGCAAGGAUAUAGAUAUUGGUUAUCAUGCCAGGGUUUGAUGGGGUUGUAUUCACCUCAGAAAACAUGGAGUGGCAGCACACGGGGUAGUUUUCGAUAAAUCCCUGUGAUCCGCUUUGCAAUGGUUAUAGAUAUUGGUUAUUAGCUGAUAGGUUUAAGUGGGGUGAUAUUGAUUUAAGACAAAACGGAGUGACAGCGUACGGGCUCAGUGUCGGCCUCUGCAAUACUGCACAGUGUGUCUCAGGGUAUUUGCCUUACUUUCUGCGAUUAUCCCCAUAAUAACAUGUGUCCACAAGCUUCUGUUGUGUGAUAAUUGAAUUUCUACACUUAAAUCAUUGAAAAUUACCCCAUAUCGAAAACUUUGGGCAAAUAUCGCCACUGAAGUGUAUCUUAAACUGUUGAUGAAGGUGAACUUUUGUGUUGCAGGAUGACGGAAGACAAGCCGCAGAGGAAGACGUCAGCCACGAACCCCCUGCGAGGUCAGCCUCCUGCCGGGGGCGCGGCAGCGGCAGCAACCGAUGACAAGAGAGAGAGAGAGAGAGAGAGAGAGAGAGAGAGAGAGAGAGAGAGAGAGCAAUCCUGUCUACUGAUACAUACACAAAACAAUGCUGAGCUAAGUAUCUCCAUUCUUUCAUCUCUUGCUCUGGAAAAACCCCAAGACCUUUGUGUGUAUUUCCUCCUGCCUAUGACUUGAACACUUGCAAGAGGGAAGUAUCAAGACACUCUCCCUCUGAAAGUGACACUCUUCUUGCCACUCAGUUCUGCACACUUUUACAGGAGCAACUCUUAGCAUGUCUGAUGAUUUUUUAAUAUACUUAUUUACUCUUUUUCUAUUUACUCAUAAUGUUUAUAGCCUGGGUCUCAGGGCCGUAGUACUAGACAUUUCGCCGCCCAAUUUCAUACAUUUGACAAGGCUUUCGUAGGAGUUGUGGGUAUUUCCAGGAGUAGUUUUAUGACCCUGGUUUGGCCCUUUUUCUGUUCCGUGAACCUUAAAAAACACCCAUUAGAACCCGACUGAUCCCCUCUUUAACCCUUAGAAGUAGUUGAUGUGAGAAGCGAGAAUGUCUUAUAAAUCCGACCUCAAAGUUAAAUGGUUGUGAAGUGGUCUGGGAAAAUGCAUUGGAUGGCCUUUACUUGUCCUGCCAACCUUUCAUAGCUGCAAGCACUCUACUGUCCCUCAGAGCACACACACACGCACGCCUAUGCACAAACCUCAGCAUGCGAUCGGAGGAGGCUAGACUGAACCUGGUGUGCCGUUUGAACCCUAAGCACGAAUAUUUUCUCUUCUAGUUUGAUUCUGAGUUAGUUGUUGUGUCUGCUGGUCAUGACUCGGCAGUGGGGGAUGAAAAGGCAAGUCCUGCUCUCUUUCUCUUGGUCUAAAGCCUUACUAUACUUGUGUUAUAUAGAGAAUGAGCUACACUUGUGGGCUCUCGUGUAUGUCUGUUGGGGUGGAGGUUGGAUGUGUAUGUGUGUGUGUAUUUACCUAGUGAUAUACAGGAUGAUUUACAUUGGUAUGGUCCUGUCUUUAAAUUCCAGUUUAUCAAGUUUAGCUUUAAAUUCAUGAAUAUUUUUGGCUUGAACUCUAUUUUCUCUCAUUUCAAGGUCAUUCAAUGUAUCUGUGGGGAUCUGUGUGUAUGUGUGUGUGUCUGUGCCUGUCUCUGCUUGCUUGUCUGUUUGUUUUUUGUAUGCAUUUACUUAGUCAUAGUAUAGAGGAUUUUAACUAAGCUUGUGUUGACCUGCCUCCAUAUCUGCUUUCAUACAACUGUACUUACUUUCUAUAAAUUCAUGGAUGUUCUCAGCUCUGUCUCCUCAUCCAGACACUUGCCAGUGUGAAUCACUCCAGCAGGGAAGUCAAACCUCAUAAUAAUGAUAAUAAUAAUAAUAAUGAUAAUAAUAAUAAUAAUAAUAAUAAUAAUAAUAAUAAUAAUAAUAAUAAUAAUAAUAAUGAUAAUAAUGAUAAUAAUAAUAAUAAUAAUAAUAAUAAUAAUAAUAAUAAUAAUAAUAAUAAUAAUAAUAAUAAUAAUAAUAACAAUAAUAAUAAUAAUAAUAAUAAUAAUAAUCCCUGUUGUGUGUGCAGGGUGGGUACUGGCUGCCGUCCAUGGCCGAGAGUGCCGCCCACACCCUCAGUGCCUUGCUGGGCUGCCACUGCCCCCCCUGCUGGACCCCCCUGAGGCCAUCACCAAGCCUUCAAGAGACACUGCUGAGCCUGGUGUACGUCCAGCGGGCACACUGGCGCUUCUUCCACUACCAAGGGUCCUUCAGCCAGUAGGAGGUGUGGGGCGAGGCUGACCCCAAGACCUUCACCCCGAGCCUCUUCUUCCAAGACCUCGUAGAUGUUCGUCCCUUACGCUUCCAGACCAGACACACCAUGCAUGCAGCUCCUCACACCACAGACGCAGCAGCUCAGGGAGAGAAUUGAUGAGAAACUGCUGCAGCUGAGGAAAGAAGAGGCCGUGGUGCUGAAUGAGUCUCCGAGGCUGUGUCUGGUGUGUGACGAGCAGGUGGAGCAACACUGCAGCCUUACGGAAGGGGAACAUCAAGAGCGCAUCCAGCGGGUGUGGGAGGCGCUGGGGCGUGCCGGGGUGCUGGGGCGAGGCCAGCGGCUGCAGCCUCGGUGGCCCAGCGUGAGGAGGUGGAGCUCCCACACAGCCAGGAACACGUGGCCUUCAUGUUCAGCCUCCAGGCCCAGGGGGAGGAGGAGCUGCAGACCCUUCAGGAGAACUACAAGUCUGUCGACCUCCAACCCGCCACCAACGCCUGUGCCCUGCUCUCGGCCGGCUCACUGCUGCGGGUCGUGGACGAGGUGUUUCCAGGCCGAGCCAGGGCCGACGUGGGCAUCAUCCGUUCCCCGGCCACCACGCCGAGCCGGACCGCCCCCAAGGCUUCUGCUUCUACAACAACGUGGCCGUCGCCGCCAGCUACGCCGCCUGGGAUGCCGAAGGGUGCUGGUGGUGGACUGGGAUGUGCACCACGGCAGCGGCAUCCAGCACGCGUUUGUGGCCGAGCCGAGGGUGCUGUACGUGUCCCUCCACCGCUGCGACCACGGCUUCUUCUUCCCAUCCUCUGAGGACGCAAACUACGACGAGUGGGGACGGGACCUGGCCAAGGCUACAACAUUAACAUUCCCUGGAACAAGGUCAGGCAGCGAGAGGGCCCACCAAACCCACGCCGCUGACCGCCAAAUCAAGGACACAGAAUCCAAGUCUCCCAGCAGUGUCCUGGGCCUGAUGGAAGUCUUACCAAACACUGCCGGCCAACAACCUCAACUUGCCCUCCUUCAGCAAGUCCUUCCAUGGUGAGAGUCCACAGGUGAGGCCAUGACACUUCAGCAAAGUGGACAUCAUAAGUUGCACCUGCCCAUCCUAGCCCAUCUUCAUCGCUGUGUCCAGACCUGAGCAUUCUGCACGAGCAGCAGCCAAGAAGAGGAAGAUUGUGCAUGAAGUGUUGUCACCUGUGUCAAGCAGUUCAUCUGGUGAAACAGUACUGAACCCACUGGAAAUUGAUGCUGAAGGGGAAAUUUACCUGCGUCACCACUGAUGCUGGAGGAAAGCUCUGAUGGACUGUCUGAGUGACUACAAAGCAGUAUUUUAGUUUAAUGAAGGGUGGUGGUGGUGGUGGUAAGGAAACACAAAUGUUAAUUUACCCGAGUAUGAGAAAACUGUUUUCUCAGUGUUUCAUCUAGGUUAUCUUCAGCAAGUUGAAACAUAUAGGGCUUGCAGAGUUCAUGUCAAUUAUUGCGUUUUCUUACUGCCACCAUCAAUUUCUGGUAUAUAUACAGUAUUAUAUCCUUCAUGCCAUGGUCUUAAGUCAACUUUUUUUGUUAUAUACUUAAUCGCUUCAACCUGCCAAAACUGGAAUGAAGAAUAUUGUAUUAUGUUCACUUCUUUUCUGUUUAUCUACCAACAUUAUAUUCUACUUCAAUUGAUGCAUAUUUUCUAUGUAAUUUACUGAGGAAUGAUAUUAGUUUCAUUCAUAUCUACUGUGUGUCCUGAUGCAGUUACAGUGGGCGCCGAAAGUAUUGGGACCCGCCCACUGG